AACUGGCCCUUUCGUCUUCCCGUACAGGCAGUUCCGGGUGUGUGUAGGGGUGGUGACGGCGGUUCUGGCACCAUGGACGUCAAUCAGCCCAAGCAGGAACAUUUGUUGGCCCUGAAAGUAAUGCGCCUUACGAAACCAACAUUAUUCACCAACAUCCCAGUGACAUGUGAAGAACGAGAUCUUCCAGGAGAUCUAUUUAGUACCCUAAUGAAAGAUGACCCUUCGACAGUGAAAGGUGCAGAAACACUAAUGCUGGGAGAAAUGCUUACACUGCCACAGAACUUUGGGAAUAUAUUUCUGGGGGAGACCUUUUCAAGUUACAUCAGUGUCCAUAAUGACAGUAAUCAAGUGGUAAAAGACAUACAAGUUAAGGCAGAUCUACAGACAAGCUCCCAGCGCUUAAACCUGUCUGCAUCCACUGCAGUGGUAUCAGAACUGAAACCUGACAGUUGUAUCGAUGAUGUAAUUCAUCAUGAAGUAAAAGAAAUAGGAACACACAUAUUAGUAUGUGCUGUUAGUUACACCACCCAAACAGGAGAAAAGAUGUACUUCAGGAAGUUUUUUAAGUUCCAGGUCCUGAAACCUCUUGAUGUCAAGACCAAGUUCUACAAUGCAGAGACAGAUGAGGUGUUUUUGGAAGCACAGAUUCAAAAUAUCACCACCUCACCGAUGUUUAUGGAGAAGGUUUCCUUGGAGCCAUCGAUAAUGUACAACGUGUCUGAACUAAAUACUGUGAUAACAAAUGGUGACGGGUGCUCAACCUUUGGAACAAAGACUUAUUUACAACCACUAGACACACGACAGUACCUGUACUGCCUGAAACCAAAGCCUGAAUUUGCAGAGAAAGCAGGAGUCAUUAAGGGCGUGACGGUGAUUGGCAAGCUGGACAUUGUGUGGAAGACAAACCUGGGAGAACGGGGGAGACUGCAAACUAGUCAGCUGCAGCGAAUGGCUCCAGGCUACGGAGAUGUGCGGCUUUCAAUAGAAACUAUUCCUGAUACUGUCCGUCUGGAGGAACCAUUUGAUAUCACAUGUAAAAUCACAAACUGCAGCAGUGAAAGAACCAUGGAUCUGGUUUUGGAGAUGUGCAAUACAAACGCAAUUCAUUGGUGUGGGGUUUCAGGCAGGCAGCUAGGGAAGCUUCACCCAAGCUCCUCCCUCCAUCUGACCCUAGCGCUGCUCUCUUCUGUUCAAGGCCUGCAAAGCGUUUCAGGGUUACGAUUAACGGACACUUUUCUGAAAAGGACAUAUGAAUACGACGACAUUGCACAGGUCUGUGUGGUCUCCUCAAAACUUCAAGCAGAAAGCUAAUUCCUUACAUACGGUUUUAAAGAUGUUUGUAACACGGGCCAGCACCUCCCAGAAUCCCUCCAUCACUGGCACACACCAACAAAUGGACUACCACGGACUUGCAGGGCAUUGCAGCAUGUUUUUAUUGUUUAAUAAUGUCAGUUCUGUGAAUCUGUGUACAUUUUUUUUAAAUGAUGUUAUGUUUUUAAAACAUUUUGGGACUGAUUUACUAACACAUGUGCUAAACUGCCUCAGUACCAGUCGGGUUGUUUGCUUUUAUUUUCUAGCUUGUAAUAGUCUUCUGAAAUGUAAUUGCUGAUUGGUUGCUAUUAGUUUAGCGCCUGUGUUGGUAAAUCAGCCCCUCUAUGUAUUUUAUCUAAUAUUUCAGUAAAUAAACUGUAUAUAGGAAUUUAAAUAUUUGCGUUUAUUAAAAAAAUAAAACACUUUAAAUCUGUAAAUGUUUGAUGAAA